AUGUCAUCGCACGACGAAUACUCUUCAGAUGAAGAAGAAUUAUUUGAUGAAUCCCAAAAAUCAGAUGUCUUUUUAGGAUUUGUUGAUGCUCCAAUUGUAUCCAAUCAAGAAGGUCCAGAAGACAAUGAUCUUCCAACCAUUGAAGAUACAUUUAUUGGUGGACAACCAAUAUGGCUCAAUCCAAACUCCACACCUAAAGAAAGUUCGUUGACUUGUGACAAUUGUCAAAAAAAGAUGGCAUUGCUUCUACAAGCUUUUGCGCCCAUGGAUGGCAAACUUUAUGACAGAGUGAUUUAUGUAUUUGGUUGUAAGAAUACUGCUCAAUGUUCUAAGAAAAAGGGAAGUAUAAAAGCCAUUAGAGGGAUUAUAAAGGAUCAAGAAACUAUAAAUAAAAUCAAACAGGAAACUGAAGAAGCUGCAAAGAAGGAUUUAGAUGAGAAAUUGAAAUUAGAUAAUCAAAAGAAAUUGCAAAUUGAAUUAACCAAGGAUUUAUUCAAGAAAUCAGAUGAUAAACCAUCUGAAAAUCCAUUCGGUGGAUCCAAUCCUUUCGACACCAAAUCUAGCAAUCCAUUUAGUUCUGGAGGUGGUCUGAAUCCAUUUGAAGCAAAUCCAUUUGGAAAAUCCAAAGAAGAAACCACCAGUACCAAAAAACCAGAAUCAUAUGCAUCAGUGGCUUCAAAGAAUGUUCCAAAAACCAAACCUACCAAAAAAACACUCUCAUCUAAUCUUCCAGAAUAUAAUGGUUCAUUUGUUUAUGUGGAUACUGAAAAAUUUAAGAAAAUCGACAAUGAUCCAGAAUUGGAAAAAUAUAAACAUUUAAUAGACAUGGAUGUAGAAAAGGACAAUGAAGGCUCAUCCAGCAACAAAGGUAAUAGAAGAGGAUCUUCAUCUUCUGCUGUAUUGGAUCCUCAAAGAACUAAAAUAUACAAUAUGUUGGAUGAUAAAUAUUUUGAAGCAUUUGCAAAUACAGUCAAACAUAAUCCUGGUCAAGUUUUAAGAUAUAAUUUAGGUGGAAAGCCAUUAUUAUAUAAUGGAAGAGAUGAAAUAGCGAAGAAAUUUUUAAGUAAACCAGUCAAUAUUCCAAGACCAGGGUUUAAUCCUUCUUCAGAACGUCAAUUUGAAUUACAAUUGAUGCCAAAGGCAAUUAUCGAUUUGGAACAGAUUAAUGAUAAUGAUAUUCAAAUUGCUGAUAUUCUUAAUGGAAUGUCUUGGGGUACUAUUAUAGUUUGUACUGAUGUUGAAGAUUAUAUGCCAGAAGAAGAGUUUGAUGAGAAUAAUGUUGCAUAUAUCGAAGAAUGGUGCGGUGUUCAAUGGGAAGAAAGUGUCUAG